GUUGGGCCGGACGAGCUCGAGCGAACGGCCGGUGGGGCGCGGGGAGGAUUUGAGGUGAACGGCCGGACAGUCAUAUGAGAGCGGCUAUUCUGCGGAGCUCCGACAGGGACAUGCCCACAAGUAGGGACAGUAUGAUGUCCUACACAGCAGAGAAUCACCACCAGGUCCGGAUGAAAGCCUAUUACAAAGGGGACAUCAUGAUAACACACUUUGAUCCCUCCAUCACGUACGAAAAUCUUUGCACUGAAGUCCGUGACAUGUGUUGCUUGGACAAUGAGCAACUCUUCACAAUGAAGUGGAUUGAUGAAGAAGGUGACCCCUGCACUGUCUCAUCCCAGCUGGAAUUAGAGGAGGCGUUUCGGCUGUAUGAGCUGAAUAAGGAUUCUGAACUGAUCAUUCAUGUGUUUCCCUGUAUACCAGAACGACCAGGAAUGCCUUGUCCAGGGGAAGAUAAAUCCAUUUACAGACGAGGUGCGCGGCGUUGGAGAAAGUUAUACUGUGUAAAUGGACAUACUUUCCAAGCCAAAAGAUUCAAUAGGCGAGCACACUGUGCGUUUUGUACUGAUCGGAUCUGGGGCCUAGGUCGUCAAGGCUACAAAUGCAUCAACUGUAAGCUUCUUGUCCAUAAGAAAUGUCACAAACUGGUUACAAUUGAAUGUGGACGUCAUGCUAUCAGCACACAUCCUAUUCCUUAUCCUUGGGGAAGUAGUGAUCAGGAGCAUAUGAUUCCAGGUGCUGACAAUGCAGAAAAUAUUGCACCAGUUAUUCCAUACAAAUCUUCCAGCCAAGAAAACCUGGACCAUGUUGGUGAGGAAAAAGAGGCCAUGAGCAGCAGGGAAAGUGGAAAAGUUCCCACGAGUUUAGGUGUUCCAGAUUUCGAUCUAAUCCGUGUCAUUGGAAGAGGUAGCUACGCUAAAGUCCUCCUCGUUCGACUGAAAAAGACGGAGCGCAUUUAUGCAAUGAAAGUUGUGAAGAAGGAACUGGUUAAUGAUGAUGAGGAUAUUGAUUGGGUACAGACAGAAAAGCACGUGUUUGAACAGGCAUCAAAUCAUCCUUUCCUUGUAGGAUUGCAUUCCUGCUUCCAGACUGAGAGCAGGCUAUUUUUUGUCAUAGAAUAUGUGAAUGGUGGAGAUUUGAUGUUUCAUAUGCAAAGACAACGGAAACUUCCAGAAGAGCAUGCCAGAUUUUACUCUUCAGAAAUCAGUCUGGCCUUAAACUAUCUUCAUGAACAUGGGAUCAUUUACCGAGAUUUGAAACUCGAUAAUGUGUUGUUGGACUCUGAAGGGCAUAUUAAAUUAACAGACUAUGGAAUGUGUAAGGAAGGCUUGAGGCCUGGAGACACAACCAGCACAUUCUGUGGUACUCCCAAUUAUAUUGCUCCAGAAAUCCUGAGAGGGGAGGAUUAUGGUUUCAGUGUGGAUUGGUGGGCCCUGGGAGUGCUGAUGUUUGAGAUGAUGGCAGGCCGAUCACCUUUCGACAUAGUGGGGAGCUCAGAUAAUCCAGAUCAGAACACAGAGGAUUAUCUCUUCCAAGUCAUUUUGGAAAAACAAAUCCGUAUUCCACGCUCCCUCUCUGUCAAAGCUGCCAGUGUGUUAAAAGGAUUUCUCAAUAAGGAUCCUACAGAGCGGCUUGGAUGUCACCCACAGACAGGAUUUGCUGAUAUUCAGGGUAAUCCUUUCUUCCGCAAUGUAGACUGGGACUUGAUGGAACAGAGGCAAGUCAUUCCACCCUUCAAGCCGCAUAUUUCUGGUGAAUAUGGACUUGACAACUUUGAUUCCCAGUUCACCAAUGAACCCGUCCAGCUCACUCCAGAUGAUGAUGAUGCUGUAAAGAAGAUUGACCAAUCAGAAUUUGAAGGCUUUGAAUAUAUCAAUCCCCUUCUGAUGUCAGCUGAGGAAUGCGUCUGACCAGCUAGAAUCUGCAUUGUGGCCACUGCCUCCAACCUUACAUGCGAACGAGCUGAAAAACGUGAAUGUCUUGCUUUAUGAGCAGAAACAUUGUUUUUUUACAGUGCAGCUAAUGGUUUGAGAAAACUUGUCUCACUCAAUUCUGAUCCUGCGAAUGAUCAAUAAAUACCUGCAUAUGUCUGUUCCAGCUUAAACUAGUUUACAGGCAUGUUGCCUGAGUUCUCAGCCACUGCAACUGGAGAUAGAUUACCUAUCUAUCCCAAUAUUUUCUGCUGAUGCUAUUAACUUGAUGAACAGGAUAUUUUUGCUGGGGAGUAAGUGUUAACUUACCUAAGAACUGACUUGCUUGUAUUUUUUUUCCAUUGGGACAUUAGGUGGAAGCUAACUUUUUAGUCUCUUAGUGUUAUGGUUACCUUUCUCUGUAUGAUUUAAGGGAUUCAUUUUCUCCCCUAAGACUUAUUUACCAGCCUGUGGCUAGUAGUAUUACUCAGGGAGAUGGCAGCUGGUAGCUUUGACAGAAAUGCUUUUGUUGGGAAAAUAUUACCCUUAUCCACUGGAAAGGUAUGUUUAAGAUGAGAAGAAAAUCAUUUCAAGCACUACUUCCAAAUACUAAGACAAUGCCAGCAAUAUAAUUUACAGAAACUUGAGUUGUGGAAAAACUGAUGGCAUUUAUCUCAUUUGACAAUUAAAUUUUUUUCUAAAUUCAGAACACUUUGGUACCACAUCAAUGAGAAUUACAAAAAAAAUGCACAUACUGUGACUGUACUGAUGUCUGCACUGAUGUGAAGGGUGUCUUAUAUAAUGUGUAAACAGCUAAAGUUUUCUUUUCAUGUUUCAUUGAUUGAAGCUUUCAGACUUGACAAUAUAGUGCACUGAAGCUGAGCAGCCUGGAUUGUGCAUCAGAUAAAAAAAACUAUUCAAAGCUGUCACUAUUAUACUUCAUAACAUAAAUGACUAAAUUGUCUUUUCUGCCUCAUGCAACUUGUAAUGGCUCCAGCUGAUACCAGGAAAGCAAAGCAAAGCUUUCCUAGGAAUUGCUCAAAUAAUUAGAAAUAAAAAAUACCGUCAUAUUCUUUUUCCCCUUGCCUUCGCCUGGAGAAAGAGCCCCCAUUUCAAAAUGUAAUAUGAAGUAGUGUUUACUCGAAUAUAUUUGGCUAUGUUUGAAAAGGCUUUUUUUCUUACAUUCUUGCCCCACAGGAUUUUUAGACUUGACUAAUUUCAUGUUAGGAAGCAGAGCAAAGCUAGUUAUGAAUUCUUGGACAAAUCAGUUUGGUAAUGUUCGGCAACUUCACUUGUGACAUUUCCCAUUCCAGAGUUCUUUUUGUUUUACAAUGGCACAGAAGGAUCACCCAUUGUCCCAUAUAAAGAAAUUCCGUGUUGUCAUGCUUGACAAAUUGCAAUUAUAAAUUUAUAUCAGAGACAAAGUCUCAAUUUAAUGUGUUUUGUUCUUCUACUUAUUUGUGUUGAUAUGGCUUUCUUUCCCUCCCACUCCAUGAUAUUAGUGCACUGUAGUGUCUACAGUUUUGAUUCUAUUUUAAGAAAUAAUAUGUUGUAAUUUUACUGAAUUUGGGAAGUGUUUUCAUCUGGUGAUGAUGAGCUCCAGUACUCCUUAGUUUUUUAUGUUCCUGCCUUGUCCACACCUACACCCAUGCACACUUCAGGUUUCAGUAAUUGCAUUCAAUACUUGACAUGGCUACUCAGUUACUUAGCUUCUUGAAAGAGGAUUUAUCGUGCCAAGUGCUGCAUUAUCCUAAAUGCUGCGAAAAGGCAUGACCACAGACUUAGCAAUAUUUCAUGUUUCUCUCAACAUUUCAUGUUUCUCUUUAAAACUGCUCCUUACAAUCAGCAUACGUUUUUUUUCUACUUGCCAAGCGCCCCCUUUAAAAGAGCUGCAGAAGUUAAAUGUGCGUUUGUUUUUAAUUACUUGGGAUUCAGGAACUGCUUAUGGUAUUUUGGUGUUGCACUCAACAAUUCCAUCCAUUGUUCUGUGCAAGUAAAAGCCAUUCUCAUUACUUAUGACUAAAAGUGGCAGUGAUUUGUUGUUCUCAGAGUCAUUGGUUUACAUGAAUUAAUAGGUCAAACUCGGAUGCAUUCCAGAAUAUUAGAGUAUUUGGGAGACUCUAUCUUUCAAUGUCAUACAUUCUUUGUAAUGAUAAAAGUGGGUUUGCUGAUUGUCAGAACAUUCCACUGCAGUGAUUAAUGUCAGUGCAUAAUACAAUACUUUUAAUAUCUAUCAAUUGUAAAGCACAUAAUUGCUUAAGACAAAUUUGAGAAAUACCAGUGGGUGUAUUUUUUAGGAUAAUGGCACUGUCCAAUAUGUUGCAUGUCCCCUUUAAAUCUGUCAUGCAUUUGACGAUGCUGUCAUAGAGAUUAGAUCCUUCAGGUCAUUAGCUUUUUGAGCAGUGCUAAUAACACUAUUUUCUGCUUAUUUAGAGAGAUGAAUGUUACCAUGCAGAUGCUGGCAGCCAUCAUGACUUGCACAAUUAUUGAAUUUUACUAUUGUCAAGCCGAAUGUUAAAUAAAACAGAGCUUUUGGAGCCAGUUGAUAUUUUUCCAAACUCUCAAUCUUCCUCUUCCCCACAAAGCCUGUUGUCCAUCAUUUCCUACUGAAGGCAGCAAAUCUUGCUGGCAAAUGAAAGCUGGGAAGUUAACAAAUUGGUAUUCUUCGUGUGAAAGAUGGUGAGUGCUGGCAGGUUAUUAAACUGUAAAUUGUGGGAAACGGUGACCAGUCAUUCCCAUGAUGAAAACAUUAACACUUAUACACCAAGGUAAUGGAAAACAGCUGACUUAAUAUUUAUUAACUUGGGGUCCGCAAUGUACAAGGCUCAGCUCAUCGGAAUGAAUGUCAAUCAGAAUUCAGCAUUGCUUGUUUAUUUCUUAAAAUGCCAGUAAGCUGAUGACGUAACUACAUAAGUAUUGGGAACAUGCCCAGCCCCCGACAAAUUGCAGUCAGAGCACCAUAUUGUUACUCAGAUUUACAGGAGAAUUGACAGGUUUAUGUAAUACGAAGAAAUUAUUUCGCAUUUCUGUGGGAAGCAGUGCUUGAUUGUGUACAACUACCAAGAGUAAGUUGAAGUUCAGUGGUUGAAAAUUAAUGGAGAUUUAAAAAAUUUUGCAUUCAGAAUGAUUAGUAAAAUUAAAGAGUCACACCACAUUUUAUACAUGCACUAAGUAUUUAACUAUGAGAGUUGUGUUUGCACGUUAAGGCCCAACCAGCAGUUGAUGUUAAACGGCACCAAGUUGUAUCACUCAUAUCUCAUACCUAACCUUAUUUCCAUUCAGGUUCCUUUUAACAUUCAAGGAGUAGAGACAAAUCAAGUAACUCUUCUAAAUAUUUACCACCUCUAGUACUAACUUAUGCCCAUUUAACAGUCAUAAAGAUUGAGAUUUGUACAGUCACACUUUACCUUCAAAUUUUAUGAUCUGAAGUCUGUUGCUGAUUGUAAUUGGUGAAAUUUGGAAUCAGUAAAUUGAGGACUUAGCAGUUUAACACUAGCCUUUUCUUUCAUAUAUCUGGUUAUUGGUUUAAAAAUGAAUAAAUAUUGAUUUGUUUAAAUUGGAGCAAUGCAACAUGGUAUUAAGUACACUGUUUCUGGGAUCUGACUGUUACUUUACCUUUUUCCUAUUAUUGCCCUGCUUAAUGCUCUAGAUGUAUUUUUCAAAUGCAAUUUAAUUUGUAUUAAUUCCAAUGCUUUCUCUAUAUGGGGACAUGCAUCUUCUGUUUGCUUUGUAGCUACUUAGUGAAAACUACUUGUUUGAAUUUUACGUUGCUAAUCUGAAAAAAUUUUUAUGCUGUAAUGUGUAAUAACGUAAUAUCCUCCAUCAGUUCAUUUCGACUAAAAUGUGGGCAAAUAUAGUUUUAGAUCCAGUAGCAAGGUUUGGCUUUGAGACCAUAAUUGCUCGUCUCGCACGGAGUUGAGUGGGAAUCUUGUCAGUUUGUGAAUUGACGUUAAUGUUUCAGUUUUUUCAUUAACCGUAGUUUUUCAUCAGGCAGUCUUUUUGACAUUGUUUAAUCUUGUGUGGUGUCUUAGAUUAUUGUGAUUAUUAGGAAUUAAUCUGUUUUACUCUUUAAAAUUGGCAUGUAACAUUGUGUUUUUUGAUCAUUUUCAACUGAAGGAAGUUCCUGUUCUCGACCAUCCAUCUCAAGACACAAUCUCUGUCCUGUCUUGUUUGCAUAUUCCAUUGUCAGGUUCAUUGUAAUGGAUAGCAGCUCCUUCGGCUGGGAUGUUCACUUUGCGUUUAUGUACCAGGGAAACAAAUACGAACUCUGACAUUAUAGCAAGAGACCAAAAUUUAGUCUGUUUUCUUAUAGGUGUACAUUGAAUAAUAAACAUUAUUUUGGUGAGGGAGGUGGGAGUGUCAUCAGUUUGAUUCAACUCAAUAUGCACAUUCCUUCAAUGAGUUCACUAAUCCAUUAUACUGAGAUUGUAUAUAAUAAUUGGAUAGUAGGUAACAGGCUCUGACUUCAGGCACAUCUGCCCUCUAUAAACUCCUACUGUAGUCCUGCCAUGUCUAUUGUGGCAAUUUCCUGGAAAGUGCUAAAGUUAUUAGCUGAUAUUUGUGCAUUAAAGACCCACUUUAUAGACUUUUAGAAGUUGCAAAUAUGUAUAGAUGGGAACUUAUCUUGAUUUCUACUAUUGCUGGUGAAUUGUAGAGAUCUCCCCAUUGAUUGAGUUUAAAAAAAACACACUCCCUUGCAAAAGAUUCACUGGACUUUUAAUGUUAAAGUAAUUGUUUUCUCAGUCAUAAAUGUUCUCUCAAUUUACGUGGGAGUUGAGCUAGCUUCUGCAAUGUACCUCUGAUGAGUUUGUAGCUUUCUGCCUUGUAUUAGCUUGUUAGCUAUACUGUCUGAAUAACUCUGCUGAAAAACACCUUGAGUAUUUUCAUAAUCUCAUUCCUUGAAAGUAGUGAAUUCAGGCCUUAAGACUCUCUAAAAUCUCUGACUUCAGAAAUUGACUCUUUUUUGUGGUGGGGGGCUAAAGCCCCAACCCACCAAAGCACAGUCUUCUAUUCUGGAGUAUUGCAGUGGAGAGAGCAAAUCUGGAAUCUGUCCAGGUAAUUGUCUAAAGAAUGAAUAUGCUAAUGUUAACAGCUUAGCAGUCAAUUAUAAAUUGUGGAAAGAAAUCUCUGCCAUGGUUGGACUUCUCUAAACCGAUUUAGGUUAGAUCCUGGAACAUAGGGCUGGCGAAUGAGUUUGUUCCGUGCUUUGCAUCUUGAACACUGAUUUGUCGAGGAAUAUUGAGUUAUGGAACAGAGAUAUCAGAGGAGCAGGAAAGCUGACGUAUUGGGUCUGGACCCUUCUUCAGAAAUCAGAACUCUUCAGAAAUUUCCUGCUGCUGUGGUGCUGCUUGGCUUGCUGUGUUCAGCCAGCUCUACACCUUGCUUACUCAGAUUCUCCAGCAUCGGCAGUCCCUACUAUCUUUGAGUUAUGGAAUAUGUUUUAGAUCUGAUUAUGCUAGAAAAUUUAGGUUUGAGGCUUGCAUUAGUGUUGAAUGAAAUUGCAGAAUAGGGUGGUGGGAGGGGCAAAUUACAAUGCUGAAACAUUUGCUUAAUUAUGAUAUUGUAAAUCUAACAGCACUACAUGUCACAUAGUAGUUCAAUGGUACUUAUUUACAUGCUGAACCAGAAGUAAUCAUGGGCACGUAUGUGGUUCAGUGAAAAUAAGAAAAGUCAAGAAUGCAAACAGGCAAUUCUGCCAAGUACCAAGCAUUUGUUGCAAAACCUCUUGAGGUAUCCAGUUAUUCUUUGAAUUAGAAAUAGGUUUAUUUGAUUGAAGAGCAAAGGAAUUCAGAUUGGAAUAGUUACUUUAUCCGUUCUAAGUACAAUGUACUUUUCUUUGAUUUACAAUAUCUUUCCCUUGCCCGCCUUUUUUGUGAUUAACGCAUAAAGAUUUUUCUUUAUAGAAAAUAUUUUUUAUACUUUUGAUGCACAGCAUAAUUGCUAUUGUUGCAGUUUUCUGAAAGUAAAGAUGAUUUAAUGGAAGUGUUAAGAAUCAGAUCAUUUUUCAUUUACUGUUUAUUUACGUGCCAAGAUAGCAACAAAAAACAGAUUUUUUUCAAAUUGAUGUGGAUGAAUAGUUUUUGUGCUUUUAUAAAGGGGAAUGUGGGAAAUGAAUUUCAAAAGUAAAUAUGAAGGGAUUAUAAUUAGUCAACUUCAUACAUUUCACACUCGAAGUGAACAUCUUUUUAAUGAGGCAUUUUCAAUCUGGAACAUAUUUAGCUAGGAACUAACAAUUUCAUGUAAAGUAUGCCACAGUCAGAGAUUGAGUUGUUAUGCAUACUUGGAUAAAGGAAAGCUUGAGGAAGUUGGGGUUUGGUGUUUACCUCAAGCUUGCAUAGCACCUUCAUUAUUUCUUUCAUCCUUUUUUACUUAAUACAACAGCACCUGGCUUUUUGCACAGAAAUUAAAGCCAUUUAUCGCUCAAUUAUGUCACAAAUGAAUAGUAUCAGUUUAUGUGUAGUGUUAUUAGGUGUUGUCAGGUGAGUGCUGGCAGUUUGAGAUGAAUAUCACUGUUGAGUGUGAUCUUUGUCUUUACUUAACUACUGUAUAGUAAACUCUCAUUAAGGCACAAAAUUAGUAAUUAAGAGUCCUAGCUGGUGCAACUCGCCAGCGCACAUUUUCUGCCCCUCCCCUAUCCCCAAGUUGCAGUAACCCUUCCCCACCCAAUGGCACCUCAAUUCACAGGCUAAAAUGCAUCUCUCUGUAGGAGCAGCAGUAGACCAUGCGGUCUCUUGAGCUUCCUCUAUGAUUUGAUACGAUUAUGGCUGAUUUUGUCAGUUCUACUUCCAUGCUCGCUUCCCAUGUACCUUGAUUUCCAAAGACACUGAAUACUUGUCUAUCUCAGUGUUGAAUGUACUCAACUCAAAGCAAAAACAAACCAAAGAACUGCAGAUGAUGGAACUCAAAAACAAUAACAGAAAUUGCUGGGAAAAACUCAGCAGGUCUGCCAGCAUCUGUGGAUGGAAAGAGGAGUUUAUGUUCUGGGUCCAGUGACCCUUCUUCAGAACCGUCUUUGGAGAAUUUCAUAGAUUCAUAGCACUUUCUAUCAAGAAGGUUCUCAUUCUCAAAUGGUCCUAGGCUGUACUCGUAUCUUUGAGAUUCUCCAGUCAGAGAAAGCAACUUCGUAGUACCUAUCCUGUCAAGUAAUUUCAGAAACACGUUUUUCAAUUAGAUCACAUCUUGUUAUUCUACACUUGAUUAUAAACCCUAUGUACUCAGUCUGUCAUGUCGCUUGACAGAACCUAUAGUUGUGUCUGUCCCUUGAUUGCUGUUGAACAGACAAUCAUUCUUUAUAAUUUCAUCGACAUCCUCAAAAAACGUUAAAUUUAGUUAAUCAUGGACAACUGUUGUUGUCAAGGACUGGAAAAAAAUUUUCAUGUCACAGGAUCCCUAGCCCUUUAAUUGGUAUUUAAAAUGAAAGCUGCUGCCUGACUUUAUCAUUCUGGUUCAUGUUUUUUUAUGAGAUGGGAGGAAUGCAACUUCUAACUUGCCUGUAAUACUGUAAUCUGUGAGUUAGCAGAUCUGCUCCCUUAUGUCAUGAAAAUCAGAACUGGGCUAUGUGAUUUGGCAUGUGCAAUCGCUCUCAAAUGUGUACCUUUAAGCUAAAGUUUUCUUUACUUCUUCAGUUGCUAGCCCAUAAUUUCCCAAUUGAAGUGAAUCAUGAACUGACCAGUGCAAAAGUGAAGUAUCCCAGCCACCACCUGUCAUACACUGGCUAAUUCAUAAGGUUACACAUGUACCCAUAUCUGAACAUUAUCUGAUCUCUUGUGCUACCUAUAAUUUGUAGCUUUGCAUGAAGCAUUCUGUGUAUACUAGUGUCAGGCUCUAAUUCAGGGCUUAAAAAUUGCACCAUUAACAAGAAUGAUGUUGAGAAUUAAAUUAAAAUGAACUGCAUUUUCCACACAUUUGUUUGAAGCUUUACUUUCAGAGUUAUUCGAUGUACCUGUGAUAUCACUGUCAAUUUGAUGUUCAAUCUAAUACAAAAGCAAUAGUGCUUUGUGAAAUAGUUUUAUAUUGCUUCCAACCUGCAUGAACAUUGGAUUCCUAUAUAAGGACCUUGAAGGAAUCAUCAAAAAACAUGCAGGAACCUGUGACUAAUUGUUAAACAUGAAUUGUCGUUCUUCACCUCCAUUUCUAAUGACGGCUGUCAGUAAUGUGCAUUUUAAUUAUUGCUAUUAAUGGCUUUAGCACCAAUGAUAAUGUAAAUUGGAUUUUGAACUUUCCACCUUUAUUACUUAACCCAACUUAUGUUAAAACAUAAUUUGGACAAAAGAGGAAUUCUCCAUUCGGGAGUGACAUUUGAUGUUUUGAUUUGGAUGUUUGUAUUCCCGGCUUGUUUAAGUGAAUUUGUGUUUGUCUUCUCAGAGAUUGUACUAAUUUGUGACUUUACAAGAUAAUCCUGUAAUGGAUUUAUGGCAACAAUGAGCAAUAAUUUGUUUCAAUUCAGGGUUACAUACCUGGAAUUACCGCAAGAGAACUACAACUUUCUUUAAGCAUAAAUGAAAUUUUCAUAGUGUACUGCACCAUGGGUUGUUUUGAGUAUAGGUUCCGUGUGUGAUUGGCUUGAUCUGUUUGUGUACUUUCUGUUCAGCUGUUAAGAUGAAGCUCAAGUGCUUCCUUAACUUUUGUUUAUCAGGAAACUUUUUGUGAAAGAGGUAUUGCCACCCUCAGCUCUUGUAAGUUUGCUGCUUUAUAUGUUCAGCACGUACAGAACUGCAGCCUGUCUGUGACCUGAGAUUAGUUUGUGGUGAACCAUACUACUGUAAAUAUUUCAAAUUAGGCCAUUUUUUCUUGUGUUGUGCUCCUGUGGACCUUUUAAUGUUCUUCAUUUUGAUUUUACUUGCAUUGAUUUGUAUGUUUCUUUAUGUUUGAGUGUAUGUAUAGAGCAGGUGCAACAAAGGUGAAAUUAGACCUUGCAGUAAUGUUGCACUUUUUAACACAUUUUCAAAGACUUUGCAUUCACUUUGGAACACGAGUAUAUUUUUAUUUUUUUUUAAUUGGGUGAACGUCACAACACGUUUAUUCUUUGUACUUUAUAUAUUCAAAGGUUUAAAAAUCUUUUCAAAACUACUGCAUUGACAGCUGAAUUGUUGCAGAACAUGUCUUAAACUGAUGCAGCGUGCCGUGUAUGUUAACACUAAAUGCCAAAUACUGUCAUACACAUUGCUGAAUGUGGCAGGAUAUUCUAUGGGUUUAUUUUUUAAAUAAAGGUUGUGCAAACUGAAAAA